CACUAAUAUCUGGCAUCAUUGCACAAUGACAUUACGUUUCACUGUGGUGUUGUAAACAGUUUAUAUUUCUUGAAUUUCAUGCUACCAAGUUUCUAAAAACUAGACAACUCAAAUUAUUCAAAGCACUGCAGAUCAAAUACCUGUAACAUAAUUUACCAUGGCUCGUCGUUAUGAUUCCAGAACUACGAUUUUCUCCCCAGAGGGUCGCCUGUAUCAGGUGGAAUAUGCUAUGGAAGCCAUCUCGCACGCCGGUACGUCUCUAGGUAUCUUGGCUAAAGAUGGUAUAUUAUUGGCGGCUGAAAGAAGAAAUACCAACAAAUUACUGGAUAGUGUUAUUUUCUCCGAGAAGAUCUAUAAACUCAACGACGAUAUGGUAUGCUCAGUUGCUGGAAUCACCUCGGAUGCUAACGUGUUGACCAACCUGCUUCGCGUUAUUGCACAACGCUAUCAGCUGAACUAUGGAGAAGCCAUGCCAUGCGAACAGCUUGUAUCGCACUUGUGUGACGUGAAGCAGGCCUAUACACAGUACGGAGGCAAACGACCUUUCGGAGUGUCAAUUUUGUACAUGGGGUGGGAUAAACAUUAUGGUUAUCAGCUAUAUCAGUCUGAUCCAAGCGGUAACUAUGGUGGCUGGAAAGCAACAUGUAUCGGCAACAAUUCUGCAGCUGCAGUUUCAGCACUCAAACAAGAGCUUGGUGACAACGAGAUUACAUUGGCUCAGGCUCAAGAUUUGUCUAUUAAGGUUCUAUCGAAAACAUUGGAUAUGACUAAGUUAACUUCGGAGAAAAUUGAGAUGGCUAUUUUGACGCGAGAAAAUAACAAAACUGUUAUAAACAUUCUUUCCGGUGCAGAAGUCGAUGCGCUUAUCGCCAAAUAUGAAAAGGCAGAAGCUGAAGCGGAAGCGGCAAAAAAGGAGAAGUUGUCUCAAAAAGCGGAUAAGUAAGAAAAUUGCUAAGUUUAUCCUUGUUUACGUAUUCAUUCUCACCUUGAGACCGGUUUGUGGUUUUUUUGAACGAAUGAAAGGAAAAUACAUUCUCGUUGCCUACA